CGGACUAUCCACAACCGGUCAAUUCAGUACUCUUUCAAACCUGAAGAAAUUUUUGGAUCCAAAAGGUCCCACUGGUCAUCAAUCACUAUUCGUACUCAAUUUUAAGAAUCAUCUCCUUUGAUUCAAAGCUUUUUAUUUAUUUAAAUUUACUAUCAGAAUUUAGAAGAACUGUCGACGAAUAUCAUUCAGAGAACAAGAAAAAGAGAUGGCCUCAGAACGGUUGAUGUCAGAUGGUGGGCCCCGGUAUGUUCAAAUGCGAUCAGAGCCGGGGUCGUCUUUUUUUACGUCCUUCGGUUCGGGUCUCGAACCCGAGUCGUCGCGGAUUUUCGAUGAGUUGCCUGAGUCCACCAUCGUUUCGGUUUCUAGACCCGAAGCCGGAGAUAUUUCCCCCAUGCUUUUAUCUUACACGAUUGAAUUUCAAUACAAACAGUUUAAAUGGAGACUUGUAAAGAAAGCCACACAUGUACUUUAUUUACACUUUGCGUUGAAGAAACGUGCUUUUUUCGAGGAGAUUCACGAGAAGCAAGAGCAGGUUAAAGAAUGGCUUCAAAAUCUAGGAAUAGGCGAUCACAUGGCAGAGAUGCAAGAUGAUGAUGAUGGUGAUGAUGAUGCUAUCCAUGUUCAUAGUGAUGAAACUGCUAAGAACAGAGAUGUUCCAUCAAGUGCUGCGCUACCAGUCAUUCGCCCAGCUUUAGGAAGACAGCAUUCAAUGUCGGACAGAGCCAAAGUUGCAAUGCAACAAUACUUGAAUCACUUUCUGGGAAAUGUAGAUAUUGUUAACUCCAGAGAGGUUUGCAAGUUUUUGAAGGUUUCAAAGUUGUCAUUUGCACCAGAGUAUGGCCCUAAGCUGAAAGAAGAUUACGUGAUGGUUAAGCAUCUUCCAAAAAUUUUGAAUAACGAUGAUUCAGGAAUAUGCAACUGCUGUCCUUGGUUUAAUUGUUGUAAUGACAAUUGGCAAAAGGUAUGGGCUGUACUGAAACCUGGAUUCUUGGCCUUGCUGGGAGAUCCAUUAGAUACCAAACCUAUAGAUAUAAUUGUUUUCGAUGUGCUACCAUCCUCUGAUGGGAAUGGUGAUGGUCGAGUAUCAUUAGCAACAGAAAUUAAGGAUCGUAAUCCUCUACGCCAUACAUUUAAGGUGGCUUGUGGCAACCGGAGCAUUAGGUUAAGAACCAAGAAUAGUGCUAAAGUUAAAGAUUGGGUUGCUGCAAUUAAUGAUGCUGGCCUUGGGCCUCCAGAGGGCUGGUGUCAUCCUCAUCGUUUUGGCUCUUUUGCUCCUCCUAGGGGUUUGACUGAUGAUGGAAGUCAGGCUCAAUGGUUUGUAGAUGGUAGAGCAGCCUUUGAAGCUAUUGCUUCAUCAAUUGAGAAUGCUAAAUCAGAGAUUUUUAUUUGUGGCUGGUGGCUGUGCCCAGAAUUAUAUAUGCGGCGUCCUUUUAAUGUUAAUGCUUCUUCAAGGCUUGAUGCCUUGUUGGAAGACAAAGCAAAGAAAGGGGUUCAGAUCUAUAUUCUUCUCUACAAAGAGGUUGCUCUUGCUUUGAAAAUAAACAGUGUGUACAGCAAGAGAAAGCUUUUAAACAUUCAUGAGAAUGUGAGGGUACUGCGUUAUCCGGAUCACUUCUCUACUGGCGUUUACCUAUGGUCCCACCAUGAAAAACUUGUCAUUGUUGAUUACCAGAUUUGCUUUAUUGGAGGACUGGACUUAUGCUUUGGUCGUUAUGACACAUUUGAACACAAAGUAGGUGAUAAUCCUCCUCUGGUAUGGCCUGGGAAGGACUAUUAUAACCCUAGGGAAUAUGAACCCAAUUCAUGGGAAGAUACAAUGAAAGAUGAAUUGGAUCGUGGAAAAUACCCUCGCAUGCCUUGGCUUGAUGUCCAUUGUGCCCUCUGGGGACCACCUUGUCGUGAUGUGGCUAGGCACUUUGUUCAGCGCUGGAAUUAUGCUAAGAGAAGUAAAGCUCCUCACGAGGAAACAAUUCCACUACUCAUGCCUCAGCAUCAUAUGGUUAUUCCACAUUACAUGGGAAGAAGCAGAGAUGUGGAGAUUCAACGUAACGAUGGUGAAGACAAUCCUGAAGGAAUGAAAGAACAGGAUUCCUUUUCCUCUAGGUCAUCUUUUCAAGAUAUUCCGCUGCUGCUACCUCAAGAUUCAGGUGGGUUGGAUGGUUCUCAUGGAGGCCCAAAAUCCAAUGGGAUGGAUAUUAAUACUACUAAAAGUGUUUCUUUCAAAAUUGAACCAGUAACUAUAGAUACACCAAUGAUAGGCUUUGUAGAUGACUCUAACUCCUCCCAGCCGCCUUUGAAACCAUCUGUAGAUGUAUCGACACAGAAAAGAGACAAAAUUUCAGAUCCAGAGUGGUGGGAAACACAAGAACGUGGUGAUCAAUGUGGUUCCAUGGAUGAAAGGGGACAAGUAGGUCCACGUACUUCAUGCCAUUGUCAGAUUUUAAGGAGUGUCAGUCAGUGGUCUGCUGGAACAAGCCAAACUGAAGAAAGCAUUCACUGUGCUUAUAAAUCUCUCAUUGAGAAGGCAGAGCACUUUAUCUAUAUAGAGAAUCAAUUUUUCAUAUCAGGUCUUUCAGGGGAUGAAAUUAUAAGGAAUCGUGUUUUAGAAGCAUUAUACAGUCGUAUUAUGCGAGCAUACAAUGAUAAGAAGUGCUUCAGGGUCAUCAUUGUCAUACCACUGCUUCCAGGUUUUCAGGGUGGUGUUGAUGAUGGUGGUGCAGCAUCUGUGAGAGCCAUAAUGCAUUGGCAGUACCGAACAAUUUGCAGAGGACAGAAUUCAAUAUUGCAUAACCUUUUUGAACUUCUUGGUCCAAAGACUCAUGAUUACAUUUCUUUCUAUGGUCUUAGGUCCUAUGGUAGACUAUUUGAUGGUGGCCCAGUGGCCACCAGUUAGGUAUUUUCUUUCAUUGUUGCAAUUUAUUAUAUGCCUUUGUGAUCAUUUAUCUUCCUGAAAUAAUUGUAAAUUCUGGCAGCAUUUCUUUACUGGAGUCUGGGGUGUCGUUGUACUUGUAAUGUUUUAAUGGUUGGAUUGGCAUACAUGUAUGAAAGCCAAAGUUUUUUUCUUU